AUGGAGGCUGGUGGAGCCCCAAUCACAUGGGCGGCCUUUAGACAUGAGUUUUGUGAGAAGUAUUAUCCUGCUCUAGCGAGAUUGCGAAACCGAAAAGCAUUUAUGCAAUUGGAACAGGGUAAUAGGUCAGUAGAGGAGUAUGAGGCGGAAUUCACACGAUUAUCCAGAUUUGUUCCUCUUAUGGUUGCUACUGAGGAAGAGAAGACGGAUCUCUUUAUUCAGGGUUUGAGGCAAGAAAUACAGGGAUCCGUGUCUGCCCAUGCUUCUCAAGAUUUUGUUACGGCUUAUAAUGCUGCGGUCAAGUUAGAUGCUAGCACCCCGAGGAAUAAUCAGGGUUCAAGCAGUCAGGUACGGCCAAGUGGUAAACGAAAAUUUCUCCAAAUAUCCACGGGUUCGCAACAGCAGACGGUACCACAACGAGUUGAUCGCCGGCUUUAUUCCGGUGAAGGGAGGGCAGGUUGUAGUAAAUGUGGGUUAACUCAUGCGGGUUCUUGUAAUGCUACAGACAAGAUAUGUUAUAACUGUGGCAAGACUGGUCAUCUCGCCAGAGUAUGUCGUAGUGCAAAGAACCCUAAUAUGAUGCGCCCCGAGCGAUCUGUUCCAGGUGGAGGUGGGGGUCAGUUGAGUGCCGGGGGACAUCCUCAGGCUCGAGGUAAAGCCUUUGCCACGACAAGCAAGGCAGCAGGGGAUGCCAGCACGGUGGUGACAGGUACUUUACCCAUAUCUGGCUAUUUUGCUUAUACUGUAUUCGAUUCUGGCUCGACGCAUUCUUUUAUAUCAUUAUCGUUUGUCUGUCAAGCCCGACUUGAAGUAGAGCCUUUAGGUUAUGAGAUUUUAGUUUCUACACCUUCAGGAGUCAUGUUGAUGACCCGUGAAAAGGUGAAACUGAAUAAAGUAGAAGUAUCCGGCCAAACAUUAGACGUGUUGUUAAUGGUGCUAGAUAUGUAUGAUUACGAUAUUAUUUUGGGCAUGGAUUGGCUGUCUGCUCAUCAUGCUAGUAUUGAUUGUUAUAAGAAGGAGAUAGUUUUUCACCCCUCGAUGGGAAAGAGCUUCCGGUUUCAGGGUACAAAGCUGGGAAGUGUUCCCAAGACAAUUACUGCUUUGAAGGCUAGGAAGCUAAUUGGUCACGGUGCUGUGGCAUUCCUGGCUAGUGUGGUAGAAGUGGGACGAGUGGAUACAGAUGUAUCAACUGUACCUGUAGUGAAUGAAUUCCUGGAUGUUUUUCCUGAUAAAUUACCUGGUUUACCACCAGAGCGGGAAGUCAACUUUGGUAUUGAACUAGAACCAAGGACAACACCUAUCUCUAAAGCUCCUUAUAGGAUGGCUCCCGCGGAAUUGAAAGAGUUGAAGUUGCAAUUACAGGAAUUGUUGAACCAGGGAUUCAUACGACCUAGUGUGUCACCAUGGGGAGCUCCAGUGUUGUUUGUGAAAAAGAAGGACGGCACACUUCGUCUCUGCAUUGACUAUAGGGAGCUGAAUAAGGUGACCAUAAAAAAUAAGUAUCCCUUGCCACGAAUUGAUGACUUAUUUGACCAGCUUCAAGGGGCAGCGGUAUUUUCGAAGAUUGAUCUUCGUUCUGGUUAUCACCAGAUAAGAGUCAAAGAAAAUGACAUACCGAAGACAGCUUUUCGUACUCGGUAUGGGCAUUAUGAAUUUGUCGUGAUGUCUUUUGGCUUGACUAAUGCCCCUGCAGUGUUUAUGGAACUGAUGAAUCGGGUAUUCCAGGAUUUUCUGGAUUCUUUUGUCAUUGUGUUUAUUGAUGAUAUCUUGGUUUAUUCCAAGACAAACGAUGAACAUGCAGAACAUUUGAGGAAGGUUUUGUUGGUUCUGCGUAAACAAAGAUUAUAUGCCAAGUUCUCAAAAUGUGAAUUUUGGCUUCAAAAGGUAGUAUUCCUUGGUCAUGUGGUAUCCAAGGAUGGUAUAACUGUUGAUCCAGCAAAGGUGGAGGCAGUUAUAGGUUGGGUUCGACCAACUACAGUUAUUGAGGUGAGAAGUUUUCUGGGUUUAGUCGGAUAUUUCAGGCGCUUUAUUAAAGACUUUGCAAGGAUUGCUGCACCACUGACUCAGUUAACCCGAAAAGGGAAGAAAUUUGAUUGGAGCCGAGCUUGGUAA